GGCGACGUCACCGAAUCUAUAAAAGCGCAGCGCCCAACGGAAAUUUCACGAUUCUCGAUUGUUCGUUUGGAGAGCUGCAUUACUAGCUUGUCCGAGCGUUUCAUUUAAACUUAUUAACCGUUAUUGUGGUAGUUGUUUGAAAAAAAUUCAACAAAAUGCGUGAAUGUAUCUCAGUACAUGUUGGUCAAGCCGGUGUCCAGAUCGGUAACGCCUGUUGGGAACUCUACUGUCUGGAACAUGGCAUCCAACCCGACGGUCAAAUGCCAUCAGACAAGACUGUCGGCGGCGGAGACGACAGUUUCAACACUUUCUUCAGCGAGACCGGUGCCGGUAAACACGUACCCAGGGCCGUGUUUGUCGACUUGGAACCCACCGUCGUAGAUGAAGUAAGAACUGGCACAUACAGACAGUUGUUCCACCCUGAACAGCUCAUCACCGGCAAAGAAGACGCUGCUAACAACUAUGCCAGAGGUCACUACACUAUCGGAAAAGAAAUUGUUGAUUUGGUUUUGGACAGGAUCAGGAAAUUGGCUGAUCAAUGUACCGGUCUCCAAGGUUUCCUCAUCUUCCACUCCUUCGGAGGUGGUACUGGAUCCGGAUUCACCUCUCUCUUAAUGGAGAGAUUAUCCGUGGACUAUGGCAAGAAAUCCAAACUUGAAUUCGCUAUCUACCCAGCCCCUCAAGUCUCCACCGCUGUCGUUGAACCUUACAACUCUAUCCUGACCACCCACACCACCUUGGAACACUCCGACUGUGCCUUCAUGGUUGACAACGAAGCCAUCUACGACAUCUGCAGACGUAACCUGGACAUUGAGCGCCCAACAUACACCAACCUUAACAGACUGAUUGGACAAAUAGUUUCCUCUAUCACUGCAUCUCUUCGGUUCGACGGUGCCCUCAACGUCGAUCUGACUGAAUUCCAGACUAACUUGGUACCAUACCCACGUAUCCAUUUCCCUCUAGUCACCUACGCUCCGGUAAUCUCUGCCGAAAAAGCUUACCAUGAACAACUCUCCGUGGCUGAAAUUACCAACGCCUGCUUCGAGCCAGCCAACCAGAUGGUGAAAUGCGAUCCAAGACACGGAAAGUACAUGGCCUGUUGCAUGUUGUACCGAGGAGAUGUCGUACCGAAAGACGUAAACGCAGCUAUUGCCACUAUCAAGACCAAACGUACUAUCCAGUUCGUCGAUUGGUGUCCCACCGGAUUCAAGGUUGGUAUUAACUACCAGCCCCCAACUGUAGUACCGGGUGGUGACUUGGCCAAGGUACAGAGGGCCGUGUGCAUGUUGUCCAACACAACUGCCAUCGCCGAGGCUUGGGCUAGGUUGGAUCAUAAGUUCGAUCUGAUGUACGCCAAGAGGGCCUUCGUCCACUGGUAUGUGGGUGAAGGUAUGGAAGAAGGUGAGUUCUCUGAAGCUCGUGAGGAUUUGGCCGCUUUGGAGAAGGACUACGAAGAAGUAGGCAUGGACUCCGGAGAAGGUGAAGGAGAAGGUGCCGAAGAAUAUUAAGGAAGAUCUGAUUUUACAGCAAAAAAAUUUUGAGUCAUGAAAUAAAUUCCAUUUUUUUACCUGCAA